GACACAACACAAAUAUAAAACAAAAUUGCAAGGACACCGUCUCUCUUCUUUGUACCAUUUCAGAUCAGAUCCCCAUUUCCGCCCGCGAUCCUCUCGCCAUCGACCACCGAAUGAAUUCGAGCUAACUUCCAAUAUCAUCUUCGUCGGGAGUCUGAGGGACUUUAUCUGGGCAAAUUGGAAUUUUGCCAAUGGACAACCCCAAUCUUUUUGUGAACGAUGGGUCGUUCCUGCUGAGGUUCAAACAGCUUCAACAAGAGAAAGAGAACGAAGGGAAGAGGGAAGUGGGUGCUUCGCUGGAAAGCUCUAAACCAGCUAGAGUUGUAUCGGCAACUAAGGCCCCCGGCACCACCGGUGGUAAAAGUCACGUAUACAAUAAAACUAGUGAUACAAGCAAGCCCCUUCAGGCCGCUUCAGGUGGAAAACUCGCAUUCAGCUUGAAACAGAAGUCGAAGCUGGUAGCACGUCCAGCUAAGUUAGGCGGAGAUGAAGAGGAGGAAGAAGAAACCAAUUUUAGGAUGGAUAUGGGUAGUACGCCAAUGAAACGUCAGAGAUUAGGUCAAUCAGAUAUCUCCAAGCAUUCAUCGAGACAAUUUGAUAUCGCACCCCCUUCUCCAAGUGAUCCUACAGUAAAGAAUGUCGCCGAUAGACUAGCGAAUUUUGUGGCCAAACAUGGAAGGCAACUUGAGCAUGUUACUCGUCAAAAGAACCCUGGAGAUACGCCUUUCAAAUUUUUAUUUGAUGGGGCCUGUGCAGACUACCAGUAUUAUGAAUACAGGCUUUCUGAGGAGGAGAAAGCCCUUCAACAGUCUGGGGACUCCCAAAAAUCUCAAAGUGGUGGUUCUAGCAUUCCAGCAUCUAGGUCUGCUCCUACUUCUGAAAGGUCACUUAAGCAUGCCUCGAAUUAUCAGAUCCCAACCUCUGCUUUGUAUGAAGAUGUGGAUGACCCAAGAGCUUCUGUUGAUUCAACAUCAGCCGGGAAAAGUGGUGCAGAUCCCGUAGCAAUGAUGGAAUUUUACAUGAAAAAGGCUGCUCAAGAGGAAAGGAGGAGGAAACCUAAACAGUCUAAAGAUGAAAUGCCUCCACCUGCUUCACUACAGGCUCCUGCAAAAAGGGGUCAUCACAUGGGUGACUACAUUCCACUAGAAGAGCUUGAAAAGUUUCUAUCAAGCUGUAAUGAUGUAGCUGCACAGAAAGCAACUAGAGAGGCUGCUGAGAAGGCUAAAAUUCAGGCUGACAAUGUUGGCCACAAACUUCUGUCUAAGAUGGGAUGGAAAGAAGGGGAGGGUCUGGGGAGCUCCAGAAGUGGGAUUUCCAACCCAAUUAUGGCUGGUGAUGUGAAGACAAACAACUUGGGGGUGGGUGCGCAUCAACCGGGAGAGGUGACGCCAGAUGAUGAUAUAUAUGAGCAGUAUAAGAAGCGGAUGAUGCUUGGAUAUCGAUACAGGCCAAAUCCUCUGAACAAUCCUCGAAAAGCAUACUAUUGAAGAACUUUGGGAUGCAAGGUGUCCCUCUGCUGCAAAAAAGGGACGGAAAAGUAAAUUUCUGGUAGUUAUGAAUAUGGCGAGUUUGUUACUGUGUUUGUGAUGUGGCUGGACAAAUUUUUUUUUUUUUAUGUUGAAGAACCUCCUAUAUGUUAAAUAGCCAUAAACAUGAUAUAUAGCAAAUGCAAUCAUUUCUCU